CCUUUAUGUACUCUUGGUAGUCAGUACAUGUAGAACGAGAUGGCAAGCACUUGUAGCAGAAAGGAUCUUCACUCUUCAGAUUCAGGAGGGAGGACCCUUUUUCCUUGGAGUCCAAAGUAUUUAUUUGCAGACUGAGAGUGUGUUUAGUUUUGUGGAUACUAGUACUCUCUUGGAUGUGUCCUUCGCAUGGGGAGGUCCAGAUGACGAUGGCGGACGAUGAAGAUCGUGAAAAUGAAGCUUCUCCACUCAACAUUUCGUUCUCGGGAUGUGGAUUUCUUGGUAUCUACCACAUUGGUGUAAUCCAAUGUUUGCGUGAGAAUGCACCAACGCUCAUCCCACGUUUCAAUUUCGUAGCCGGUGCCUCUGCUGGUGCAUUGGCUAGCUUAGUGUUGCUAUCGAAUUGUUCCAUUGAAAAAGUCUGCAAAGCUAUCCUGGAGACAGCAGAAGCUGCUCGAAAACCCUUGAUCGGGCCGUUGAGUACGUCGUUCGAUGUCAUGUCCAUCCUCGACACCAUGUUCGACGACCUUCUACCACCAAAUAUCCACCGCAUUUGUAAUGGACGGCUUCAAGUAUCACUGACUGGGGUAUCUCAUUUUACCAAUUUGAUGGCUUCACAGUUCAACACUCGCCUGGAAUUGAUUCGGGCGCUGAAGGCCACGUGCUUCAUUCCCGUCUGGGCCGGUUUUGGCAAACAUUCCUAUCGGGGCGAGCUCUACAUGGAUGGUGGAAUGACGAACAACUUACCAACCGACUUUCCAGGAGAGACUAUCACAGUCUCACCGUUCAGUGGAGAAGCUGACAUCUGCCCAAGUGAUCAGCGGGAAGGUUGGGAUAUGUCAGUGAAUAUCUCGGGCACCAGCGUUCGCAUGACGCUCACCAACGCGUUCCGCAUGAAAUCAGCUCUUUUCCCACCGAAGAUUGAUGUGCUUGAUCGCAUGUUCCAGGGUGGCUAUCGAGAUUGCCUCAGCUUCUUGAAGCGAAGAGGGUUGAUGGACAGCGUGGAUGUAAUACCGCAAGAAAUAUCGGCCGUUGCUAUGUGCCACAAUUCUGUCGGUGUCUCGGACUGCCCACUGAAGGCUGCUGGUGAUAAUGAUGAUGAUGAUGCCCCUGGCUAUGUCAUAUUCAAGAUGCCUAAGAUGUCCGUUCACGUUGCUCAGGAGGUCCUCAGUGACAUGACAUCAGCACUACUGGAGCACGCGUCAAGCAGUUACGCUAAAGUCCUAUCUCCGUCUCUAGUGUAUAUGUUGUCAGUGAUUGAUGUACUGUUGAAGCAGGCAUCAUCUAGUUGCAUAAGACCUUACAUUGCUGACGUGCAGCGUGCUCGGAGCAUGAGCACCGUCGGUGCUAUUGGUAGCAUUGCGCUGCCUGAAGGUAUAGUGGCACACGCACAUUGCAACAUUGUCCCUGCUGCUCGGAGCAGAAUAAGUUCCGACUUCCAUUCGACUCCCCCGUCCGUUGAUAGCUCGCCCUCACCACCACCUUAUGAUAUGGCGUGCCAACAGGAUCUCUGAGGCGUGUCAGUGCCAUCGGAGGUUGCGCAACCAGUGGAUACGCCGAACGAGAGUAUUUGUAGUCGAGUCCCUGGGAUGUGUUGAGCCUGCGUUCACUGAUUUGGCUCACUGUGCAUUUUAUACAGAGCAUUGGACACGGUUCCCUCAUCUGUCGUACUAUAUGCUGCCCGUUUGUCAUGUCCGCUGUGUGUGUGUGUGUGUGUGUGUGUGUGUGUGUGACUUAAUUUGUGUACUGCUGCCCCCUUGUGUUAUACUCCUUGCUAGGCUUAACCCCCUAUAUGUAGUUUCAUCAUACCUCAUUUUGCUUGUACUUUGACACUCAUCACAGGAAGCCCACUUUCUGCUUUUGAUAGUGUGGUGUAAAUAGUCAGCUGGGAACAUUCUAUGAGCUAAACCCAUUUUCCAAUACCCAGCAUUGUAUAUAAGAUGUUCAAAAUUCUUGACGGCGGACUGAUGCACAUACUAUUUUAUGGUCACGAUGUUAGGAACCAACGAACUAACUUGCUACUUGAAAUUAACUUGAAAUGUUAAUUCUCAUCCACCCUUUUUUUACCUAUGAUAACCUAGCUUUUUGUCUCCUUCGAUUCUCAAAUGGUGCUCUAUGCACUCUGCUGAGGCACCCUAUUUGCCUUCUAUUCUAGUCUAGCUUCUUCUUUGUAACAUCUGUCUUGUGCCGUGCAACGUCGACUUGUAGCUAUUUACAAGAUGAUGCUAUUGCAUUUGUGUGGUAUUUAUUGCUGAUGCACACUAUUUAUUUUCGCGCAUUUUUCUCUUAGAACCUGGCCACUGUCUUAACUGCGCUGCACUGCAGUACUUGUGCUUUAGUACCUUUUCUGUCAUGGGAUCCCUUAUUACUGUCAUAUCCCUGCUUUCUCUGCCUCUGCCUAGUGGUAUAGUUCAUUCUGGCUACACAAUCUAACCCUCAAUCUGAUUCUGAGAGGGAGGUUGACAUAUAUAGUAUGUACUUGUAGUACAGAACAUA